UUUUGACCCAUACCCAUUUAACCACCCUGCCCGCCCAUCAUUUGGCCCGCCUAAAGCCCACCCAUUUAGCUAAAUGGGUCUAACUGGGCGGGUCAGUUUCAAACAAUCCUAAAUGGGCACUAAAUGGGCAAACUAUAUCCGCCCGUUUGCCCGCCCGUAGCCCUAAAACCCCUAAAUCUCUUCCCGACCACAAUCCUUCCUCCUUCGCCUCCUCCUCCGCUGUUCGAGCUCAUCUGCAGUUCGAGCUCGCCUUUGAUCUCCUCUCGCGGUGAGCUCCAGCUCCAGCUCCAAUCUCCGCUCCUUCUCAAUCUUGACCUCUUCUCGAACUCCGCUCGAUCUCAGCCUGGACUCAGCCUCAAUCUCCUCUCGACCUCGACCUUGACUCGACCUCGAUCUCCGCUUGAUUUUAGCCCCAAUCUUUGCUUGAUUUCAUCCUCUACCUCAGCUUGCAUCUCCAAUCGAUCUCCUCUCCUUCGCCUCCAAAUUCAUCUUUUGUGGUUGUCGUUGGUUGCAAUCAGAUCUCUCGAGGCAUUAGUGUCAUUGCUGGAUGCAACUGAAAAGGAAAAACGCGAUAUUCUUGCAAAUAUUAUCAUUGCCUUGCAUAUGCCUGCUGUCGCAGUGUUUUGGCAUGAACCUGGGUGUGAACUAAAGAGUUUUUUUUCGAUGUUCCAGUGUACAGAGUUCACAGUUAUUGCCGCAACUCCUUUUGCACCAUCCUUCAACUUCGAAAGGCAGUCUCCUUGA